AUGCCGGAACUUUUCAACGACAUGUCUAGUGAUGCUGAAUGGAUUCAAAAGGCGGUUAAAGUUGGAAAAAUGUCAGUAUUACCCAAAAUGACACCGGAAGCAAAUCGUGUACACAUUAUUCGGUCAAUUGAAAACAACGACGGGGACUUUGAUGCAAUGGCCAUGUGUAAAGGAUCAUUAAAAACCAUUGAUUAUUUAAUGCGUCGUGAACCCGUUUAUGGGUUGGUGUUCUUGCUCGAUCUCAAACAUUGUCAACUGUCUUAUUUAUUAAGCUUUACACCUACAUUAACAAAAAAUCUAAUGCGAUGCAUAGACGAAGCUACGCCAUUGCGAGUAAGAGGUGUCCACUACGUGAAUCCACCAAAGUUUGUGUCGCGUUUGGUGAAUUUCUUCAAACUGUUCAUGCCAUCUAAAAUUCAAAACCGAAUUGUCAUUCACGAAACCUACGAUACACUUUACGAAUACAUUCCCAGGGAUGUGUUACCGGACGAGUACGGCGGUACCGCGGGCAGUAUCGAGAAAUUCGAAGACGACAUCAUGAGAGCGACGAAAGAAGACGACGAGUGGUACAGAAAUAUGCCAAAAGCCGAUUUAUCGAAACGACCAGUACAAUCGAAAAAUAUUGAUAUGGACAUGAGUGGUACGUUUAAGAAACUGGACAUCGAUUGA